GCGAUAAAUCUUUGACAAAUACAACAGAUAUUGAUAUUUUGUCGGGGCCAUGUCGCGCAAGCGGAUGAAGAAAUUGGCCAAGAUUUUGAGUGUCUUGGAUCCAGUGAAACCCAUUAAGCCCGAUGAUUAUGAUACUUGUGGCUUGGUCCAGGCCAAGAUCCCUCAAAAUGUUGCCUGUGGGGCAGAGAAGGGGCCUCCGAAGGUGCGUCGGAAGGUGCAGAAGCCACAGAGUUGUGCCACCGCCACCGCCACCGCCACCGCUGCCUGCCAGGCGGCACCGAAAGUGCGUGCCCCGCCGAUCGCCAAAGUGCAAGUGCAACAGCAGAAGGAGUCGUGCUCCAUCGGGGCUCCAAAAUUGUGCACCCUCUCGAUCAGAAGCAAGGUGCAGCAGAAGCAGCAGAAGCUGCAGAAGCUUCAGUCGAAUGGCGGUAAGCAACACUCGUCGAGGAGCACCGAUAAUGAGGCGUACGUACCGCUGGAUUACUAUCCAGUGCCGGUUAAUGCCACCGCCGAUGCCGUGCCGAUGAAGAAGGCCAAGAAGAAGCCGCGCAAGCGCUUUCGCGUCCGCAACAAGAUGUACAGUGAGAUUGCCGAUAGGGCCUUGGAGGCCCUGGCCCAGAUAGCCACCGACCAGCUGCAUGCCCGCGGCAUGCGCGUCUGGGAUGCCAAUUGCGAGGCCGAAAUCUGCGAGGUGGUCAAUCAAUUGAUCCUCUCCGAGAAUCUGCCCUCACGCAUAGCGGCCGUUAUUGCCCAGACAGACGGGCGGAUGAACGCAGAGGAGGCGACACUCGUCGAAAAUGCUGUCGCCAAUAACCUGCAGGCGACGGCACGUGCCCUCCAACAGCGGAAUGCAGGAGAUGCAAAAAGACGAUCUGCCGCCGGAGGAGCUGCUCACGCGCCAAUGUCACCCAUCCAAAAGGUUUUGGCCAAGCGACGAGCUGCCGCCCAGAUUGCUGAGCACUUGCCGCCGUUGAGCGUCAUCACCAAUAAGGUUGAAAAGAUUUGUCAUUUGGCCGAAGACUUCUUCGCGGAGUGGGGGGCCACCAACUCACUCGAUCGAAUCGAAGGAUUUCAUGUGGGAUCAUUCUUGGCCGAACUGAAGGCCAUGUCCUCACCGAAGGUGGCCGAAGGGUUGCAAAACCAUCAUGCCGGGAUCGACGAAAUAAUGUCUUUGCUGAAGAACUUUAAUGAUUUGACCAAGUUGGUUAACGAACAGGAAGAAUCAGGGCCCGAAGAAGGAGCCGAAGAAGGAGCCGAAGAAGGAGCCGAAGAAGGAGCCGAAGAAGAAGCCGAAGAAGGAGCCGAAGAAGGAGCCGAAGAAGAAGCCGAAGAAGAAGCCGAAGAAGGAGCCGAAGCAGGAGCCGAAGAAGAAGCCGAAGAAGGAGCCGAAGAAGGAGCCGACGAAGGAGCCGAAGCAGAAGCCGGAGCAGGGCCAGGAGCACGCCCAAGAGGAGUAGUCGAAAAGGCCGAUAAGAACGUUGGCACAGACGGAGAUAUACGUUUGUGGAUACCCGUGUCUGUACCCAAUUAUUGUGCCGCCAAGAAGGCUGAACAGCUCCGUCAGUUGGCCGCAGCUGAGAUGGAAAAGCGGAACGAACAGGAGCAGGCCACGGACGAAUUUAAUAAGCAAUCCUUUUACACAGAGCUGGCUGUCCAGGAGGAAGCCAAAGCUGCGCUCAAUCAAACGGUCUAUAUGCAGACAGAUCCCCAGAUGAUGCCUGCUGAAGAUUUGGAAGACCUUUCCGAAUCGUUUGCCGGCCUCUCCGUGGGGUCCCUGGAGCCAAUACAGGAGGAGGAUGAAUUUGGACAUUGGGCCGAGCGAAUGAUGUCCAUGGUAAGGGAUCUGGAUGAUUUGGGUAACUUGGUAACGGAUGCCAUUCACGGCUAUCGCGCCAUACAGCAAUCAGCCGCUGAGAACGCCGAAGAGAUUCGUCUGUUAUCCGAAGCCGACAACGCCGUGGAGCAGAACCAGCCAGAAGAUAUAGCAGAUCCGAUUCCGGAAAUACAAUCACCUUUCGAGGAACAGAAAGCCCGUAUACUGCAGCUGGAGGAACAAGUAAUUAAUGGGCUCAACGCACCGAUGCCGAACGCCGUGCCGGAGGAUAUCCCGGAGAUGAAUGAUUUGGCAAAGAACGCCACCGAUGAUGGAGAUGAAAUGAUGUUUUUCGAUACCACCAACGAUGACGGACAGCCGAAGGAAUGGUAUGAAAAUGGAGAGAAGGUAACCGGCAAAUACUGGCCAAUGAUUGUGGGCGGCACCUUUGUCUGA